AUGAUUGUACUAACAAACCCGGACGGCGCAAUGAGUGCCUGUGAUGAUACUGAUAAACCUGCUCCAGCCGCUACCAAUUACUGUAGGGAUUACAUUCGCGGUUUUUGUACAAGAGAAAACUGUAGAUAUAUUCACAAAAUUCCACCAAAGGCGUACUUGAAGGAGCUGUUCCGAUUUUGUCAUGAUUUUCAAAACAAAGGCUGUUACAGAGUAAACUGUAAAUUUAUACAUAGCACUGUAGAAGAAGAAGAUAAUUUUUUUGAAUUAGGAAUGUUUCCCCGGGAUCCACGAAGUAACAUUUUAUGCCAAGCUUACAUACAUGGUGCCUGCUCCAAUAAAGAGUGUAAGUUCAUACAUCCACCAGAUGUAGUUGCCAGUGAGGUUUCCUCUCUGCAUAAUGUUCCACCACCUCAAUACACUCGCCCACCACCACCUAUUAGAGAUGACGAUUCUCCCCCAGAGGCUAAACUUAGAAGAUUUGCAUUUGAAGACAAUGGAAUUGAAAAGCAAGUGUUGUCAACAUCUUUGUGUUCUAAUUGUGAAGCAUUAGAUCAUAAAGUGAAAUUACUACAUGAUAAUAUAAGUGUCUUACUUAAAAAGGUACAAGAUUUAACAGAAAAAAAUGUUCAGCUGACUUCUAUGAAUGAAUUUUUAUUAGGACAGACAGCUUCGGUAAGAACUGAUCAACCUUGUGUUAUAACAUCAAGACAUGGCACCUCUGCGCCUGUGUCAUUAGCAACUGUAAGCGUAACACCAGUUGUGAGCUUGGCUGGCGCCCUUCCAGCUUUGGUACCUGCAGCAGGUACCCCAAAUUUAGCACUAGCUCCAGCAGCAUCUCGAGCCCAACUGUUAACUCCUGCUCCACAAAUCCUUACUGUAAGCACAACACAACAACUUGUUGGCAAUUCUGGUGCUCUCAUAGUCACCAGUGCCGGGGCCCAACAACUAAUGCAAGUCAGUGAUUCUGGUACAAUAAUGGGUGCAGGACAGACUGUUGUUGCGGUACCCGCACAGUUGACAUUAGCUCCCUCACCACAGCAACUAAUGAGCAGUGCCUCACAAAAUGCAGUGCAACAAUUAGUACAGCAAUCAGCUUUGCAGCCACAAUUAGCACCUCAACAUCAAGCACCACAGUUUACAACUCAACAGUCUGUACAACAUUUAGCUGCUGCUCAGCAAUCUGCUCAACAUCUUGCUCAACAGUCAGCUCAGCAGUUAACUGCUCAACAGUCUGCACAACAUUUAGCUGCUCAGCAAUCUGCACAGCAUUUAGCUGCUCAACAAUCUGCACAACAUUUAGCUGCUCAGCAAACUGCACAACAUUUUGCAGCUCAGCAGUCAGCCCAGCACUUAGCAGCUCAACAAUCGGCUCAACAUUUAGCUCAACAAUCGGCACAACAUUUAGCUCAACAGUCUGCACAGCACUUAGCCGCCCAGCAGUCUGCCCAGCAUUUAGCUGCCCAACAAACUGCACAACACUUGGCAGUGCAGCAAUCAGCCCAACAUUUAGCUGCUCAGCAAUCUGCACAACGCUUAGCAGCACAACAGUCUGCCCAACAUUUGGCAGCAGCUGCACAGCAAUCAGCCCAACAAUUAGCAGCUGCUGCACAACAAUCUGCUCAACACAUGGUGGCACAGCAGUCUGCACAGCAACUAGCAGUUCAACAAUCAGCCCAGCAGCAAUUGGUGCCUUCAGCCCAACAAUUAGUUCAUCAAACAUCUACCCAACAAAUUACCAUUUCUAGCACUAGUCAACCGAUGGCACUGCCCAAUUCUCAAGCUCAGCCUAUUACAUUCCCUAUAAUAUCACAAAGUAUACUUCCACACUGA